UAUACUAGAUUAAUCCAUUGAGGGACUGCAUCUGUAUGGAGAAUGCGUAUAAGUGACAUCACACACACAUGCCCUUACAGUUCUAGGAGCACAUAAACAUCAGGAGGCACACACACUCUGUUGCAAUAGUUAUUGUAGCUUUGAUUGGGCCCUGACUGCAGGCAGAAAAUUGCUCCUUUUGCACAGCUAAUUAUAGUCCCCUGCAAAUAGCUCUCUCUUCGGCUGUUAAAUCACAGCUAUCUGUAUUCCAUUAACCUGCGCCGAACAGAGAACCGACUGCAUUUACUGCGUGCUUGCAUGGCAAUGGUUAACUGAGCUGGCGAGAUUCUGCUUACCUCAACAAAACCAGCCGCAGUGAGAAAGGGAAAACAAUGAAUGGGUGGAGAUGAACAGCCCGUCAGAGAAAGAGCUAUGCAUUCCGGCUAGUGCAGUCCAGGCUGCUGCAAUGACAAUCUGAAGGUUGUAGCAGCCUCUGGAAUCUGCAUUUAAACUGAACAUCAGCCUUCGCUUGCAAUUGGAGCCCCCCCCCUUUCCUUUUUGGCACAAAAGGACUUGUUCACCAUUGGGACUUCCGAGACAUGGCCAGUAACCAGGCCAGCUUACAGGAUGACCAGAGCAGGCAUUGCAAGUUCUUAUCCUAUAUGUUUUACCAAGCUGUCAGAGAUCACAAACCUGUCUGGAUGCUGGAAGACAUGAGGACUAUGGAGUAUUUCUACUGGGAAGAAAAUGCCAGCCUGAGGACGUAUUCCCCUUCCGAAGCCCUGCUCUAUGCCGUGGUGCACAACCACCUGCCUUAUGCCCAGUACCUGCUGUCUCAUUUUCCGGAGGAGGCUCUCAAAGUCCCCGGGGAACAUUUCUGCUAUUGCCCUUCCUCUGCUCCUCACUUGGCCAUGGCUGUCACCUACGACAGGAGAGACAUUCUGGGGCUGAUCAUCAGCAUCUCCCACAAGCUGCCCAGCCUGAACUCCUACAUCAACCGAACCGGCUGCUUCCACCUGGAAGAUGGGAAGACCCCUCUGCAUCUUGCCUGCGAGCUCCUGAGGUCAGAGACGGUUCUGAUCCUCCUGGGGAACGGGGCCUCUCCCAGGAUAGAGGACAGCAAAGGACUGACACCGCUGGACGUCAUCCUGGAGCAGAUGUGGGACUCGAAAGUCAACGUGGCGUCCAAAAAGCUCUGCCUCGAUUACCUCUUGCUCUUCAUGCCCAGCCCCCGGUUCAAGAUGAGGAAGGUGCUGCAGGAGCAUCCGGAGCACUGGGCAGUUCUGCUAGGGGAGGACAAGUUCAAUAGCCUGGUGGGGAACAUGCCUGCAUCUUUAUACCUGCAAGCUAUGCAAACCAUCCUUCAGACUCUCCCACCCUCCCAUUUCCCUAAAAGCAUCCAGGAACUUCCUAUACCUCAGGCAUUAAAGCCCCUGCCUCGCUUCGGCAAGCAGCACCCAACAAAAAAGAUGGUAAAUGUUUUUCCAUGAUGUUAUGCUUUUUUAAAAAAAUGUCGCAUUCGAAUUGUGUAAUUUGUUCAGGUGGGGUUUUCAAAGGGGCUUCAGGCUGCAAACCAAACCCCCAGCGCACUUCCACUUGAGCUAAAUAGGACUACUCUCAAGUAAGUCACAGGAGGAUUGCUGCCUUAGGGGGAUUUGCUGCCCAGUUAUUACUGAAUUGGUAUCGAAAUCUGGGCUACUGUUUGAUGCCGCUGAAAAUCCCAGCCUUAGUAUAUGUUGUCAAAUGAAAUCUCUCUAUUUUUUUUCAGAUUAAAAACCCCCUCCCAUUCUGUGCAUGUGAAAAUAUUACAUUGAACUGAAUGUACAUUUUGCUCACUGAAAUCAAUGUAGCAGCAUUCCUGAUUUAUUGUUUGCAUUUUAUGUAAAUUAUCCAGGUUUUGCAUUGUUGUUAUUAUUUAAAAGGCACUAUUUUCACAGGGCAUUAUAUGGACCAAGGUCCCAAUCCUGUA